AUGGUUUAUACGAUGAAAUUUAUUUGUUUACUGUUUGUUGUUGCUUUGUUGAUGGCUAGCAAUAGUGUUUGGGCAACAUCAUACUCGGCAAGACACCAUACCGACAUGGAACAAACGAGACGUGAAUUAGUGGAUCAAUUUCUAGCAUUACUUGGAAAACGUGAAUAUGGACCUGAUGGCAAGUGUCUUGUUUAUGGUAAUUGUAGUUGUAAUGGUGCUGAUUGUCGAAACUGCCACGGCUGUAAUAACGGUCGACCUCGUUGCUGUCCUGGUUAUGCUUGUUAUGGUGCUGUUAUGAAUGUUGGUGCUUGUUAUCCAGUCGAAGUUACAGCAGAAUUUUAUAAAGAUCAUGUUAAUAGACCAUGUGUCUAUAGAAAUACUCGUCCACCACUCAAUGAUCUUAAUCUUUUAUCUUUAUGUGCUCAUACAUCAACAAAAUGUGUAUUUGCACAUAUAAGUGCUGGUUCAGAUCAUCGAGCAACAGUCGAAACUAACAAUCAUCCAUUUGUUUUCGGUCGUUAUAUGUUCAAUACAUAUUGA